GGCGCUUUUGGUCGCUGGUGGAGCUGGUAGGGCGGGUAGUGCUGUGGUCCUGUGGUUCGCAAACGAGUUUGAAGGUUUGAAUCCAAGUGUCUCUCUGGUCCUAGUUCUUCGCUGCUUAUUUUGGACAAGUUCAAAGUUAACUAAUAAUGUGACGAGUUGUGAGAUCCAGCCUCUCUCCUAGCAUCUCUUCCGCAAUAAUGGCCGGCGAAGACGACUGGCGAGUGAGCUGCAGCGACGACGAACGGUACCCUUCUCGAACGACAGACGCGAGCGGCAAGUCUUGGUGGGAGCCCAAACCCGAGGAAAUAAUCGAACUGUACACCGCCCUGUCGAAAAAGGGUGCGCUGAGCCUCGAAUGGCACUGUCCUGGUCGCAGAUCGCCGAGCGUUCAUUCGAGCGAGUCUGGCGGCGCGGACCGCCGCGCCAUUGAAGAGGACGAGACCAAGACCGUCGAACCCAACGAGUUCGACUUCGACGACGAAGGGAUAGAACCAAAGUGCAGUCCCAAAAUCACGCCGCGCCGGAGGACUACACCCUCGAGUACGCAGAAGCGGAUAGCUAAGUUCGACAAGGUCAUGUUCGAUGUUCGUAGACAGCGCGAACUUGACGCCAUCGAAAAAGUCGGACAUCACCACUCGAACUCCGAGAAGCGAUAAGUGCGUGCUUUGCGAACGCGUGUGUUGCAAAAACUAUUGAAGCUGGAUGGAGGUAGUUGAACUGGUUGAUCUAAGCUGCUCUUUUACAGUCUGGAAUGGACGAACCUUGUUCCGGGUUAAACAAUUUCGGUCAUAAAAUUAUUUUUACAAAAUCA